UUAACAUGGCGGAACAGUUGUAGCAACUGAGAAGGCCGGGGGUCGUCAAGUUAAAUUUUUUACGAUUUUCCUGCUCAGGGAAAACAAUGGAUGAAUAUCUGAUAAAGCCUCAAGGUUUUUCCUUACUAACAAGAGGUUUGCGGCAUAUUAUGUUCACGGUGAGUGCUGUUUAGCGAAUAAUUGGCUUGAUAAUAAAAUUCUUUAAUCGUGGCAAUCAACGAGCUAAAUUUUGUAAGUAAGUAAACAAAUGAACACAGCCUUCUUCAUUCAAUAUGCUUGCUUUGUCAAAGCUAUGUGCGAGGUUUUCUCUCUUGGUGGUAUUGUCUAGGAAAACACCUCCAAAUAAGCUAGUACACUGCUUUUGAAAGGUUCGGUUAAUUAAAUGAGAUUUGCGUGUCAAAUUGAAUGUUCACUUGAUGAUAUUAUGAUUAACCAUGAAUAUGGAAUACGAUUCUUUUUUAAAAAACCCUGUCACUCCUACAGAUCGAGUGUUAUUAUUAGUUGCUCCAACUUUUUAAUCUGUGAACGAAAGCCUAUGGUGCUAAUAUUCAAUAAUCACUAAAACCUGUUUUGCAUGUGAUAGGAGUAUUUCUUUCUUAAACUUAUAAGGAUUUGGUGAAUUUUAGUACACAAUACAAUACAGUACCCUUUAUUUAACGUGGUCAAUGUUCUUAGCUUAUUAGCUACUUUACAGACAUGCCACGAAAAAUAAAUAAAUAAACUACAAAUAAUAAUAGAAAGAGAAGAUUUCUCAUAAAAACCUAUAUAAAAAUAUAAAUAUUGGAAGUAGGAAAAAAAAUACACUUUCAUCUCGACAAGCCUGUUUCGUGAUCGCUCACCCUUCAGGGGAUUUCCAAUAUUUAGAUCACGCUCUACUUUAACGUAUCAAGCACUCUACUACGGAAAAAUCGAAACACAGACUUCCUAUAUAAAAAUAUAUAUAUACAGUUAAAAAUUAUUAAAACUAUGAGUAGAUCACGAGAUGAUUACAUAAUGAUGUUAAAACUAAGCGAAAUGUAUUUACAUGUAUUUGCGUGAUUAAAAUGUAAAAUUUGAGAAAUCCAACUUACACAUUAAGUUCUUAAAUGUUCCGAUAUUAUUAGCGGCACGAAACUGAUCCGGAAGAGCGUUCCAAAUCUUAGCUGCAGUAUAAUGCCAAGAUUUAAGUCCAUAGGUGGUAGUGAAAAAGUUCGCAUUUUUGCAACCUCCCUAGUUUUGAGGCUGUUGUUGUUUUGAGGCUGUUGGGACAGUCAUCGUAAGUUAAGUUAAAUAGAUGUGUUGUAGUUGAUUUUUUAUCUCAGGUAAUUUUUCUUUUUCUUUUGUUUCUUCUUUAUAUAGCAUACAUUACCAUACCCAAAAACAAAAUAAAAAUAAAAAUUACCUGAGAUAAAAAGUUAAGUACAACAGAUGCCUUGAAUCAUGUUGAAUUCAAGAAUACUGCAAAAUUGAAAUAAAUAAUUGUUGUUGUUGUAUGGUCAUCCUGAUGCUGAAAGGUCUAGCAAGCUGAUGCAGGAUGGAUGCCAAUGAUGCACCCCUUCUCUUUACCAUUGAGAUCUAUGGAGCAAAUUUUGUCACUCCUGGACGGUACUUCCUUAUACUGAAAAUAACUGGAAGUAAAGUUAAUCCCCGAGCAUUGAAGCUCUAUGUAGGAGAUUCUAAAGUUCCACUGAAUGAUAAUGAGUUUACUACUGAUGCGUGUCUAGAGGAUGGGGAUCCUGAAACUUUGGCAACAUUCACAGACUCAGUGAUCUCAUUUUGGGUGCCACAAGGUAAUUUUGUAACUUAUUUGUUAACUGUUAAACUGAAAUAGUUCACUUAAUGUUAGUCCCUCAGUAGUCAAUUUUUAUUGAUAAAAAUCGGUAAAUCUGAUUUGAUUGAUACCGAUUGUAUUAAUCAAUUGGUAGAAAUUGAUAACACGCUCAUUUUGCUGAUCAAUUUAUCUUGAUUUUUACCUAUUUCAGUGAUUUAUAUCGGAAGAUACAGCUGUUCAUUUGUUCAUCAUAAAAUGAAAACUGAAUUCAUGCAAACAGUAAAUUAGUUGACAAUUGAGUUGUAAGUGAGUUCGAAGGAUCAAACAAUUAUCUCUUUUUAAAAAAGUCUUCAAAAAAAUCUUAUCUUUUCUUUAAAAAGCCAAGUUUAAAUCUUCUUCUGAUGGCUGAUAAUGGCCAGGUUCGUAGGUGCAUAGUUUUUCAUGGUUUAGAUCUGCCACCCUUUCAAAAUAAUGUCGGUGUAAUUCUGGGUCUAGUUAAAUCCUGGAGUAGCCAAUAGCUAAAAAUCGAAAUCGAUAAAAGUGAUUUUUAUCAAUCGAUAAUAUGGAAACGGUGAAAAUCUAUCAAGGGAAAUCUUUUAGCCUGAAUUCCAGACAUCCCUUCAACUCCAGGGGAUGUCUGAAAUUCAGGUUAGGAAAUCUUUGUCUAAGGUUGUAUUUCUCAUGCUACUUGCCUGCGAUAGCUGAAUGCAAGUAAACCAAACUGUUAAUUUUUGUUAUUAUGUACAAAAUAAAGGGCCUCUGAGAGAAACUUGCGUGUAAUAUUUUCCACUUUUCUUGUUUUAAUGUUUGUUGAUAAGUUGUUAACUGUACGUUAUGUGUUUUCUCAGCUGUUCUAUCUAACUUAAAAGCAGCAAUGGUGGACUUCUUUUAUAAAUCAUUCAAACCAUGAAAAGUCAAUAAUAUUGAUUUGACACAGCAAUUUAGUUUAUCGAUUUUCACCAAUUUUCAUUAUCAAUCUUAAAUUCAUGUCAAAAACCCAUUAUAUCAAUACACAACAAGGUUCCACUGGAAACACUGACGAUUCCGCUGGACUUCUUCUUUUCUAUUCAUGGGAGACUUAAAAUAUCAAUCAUGUUGUGUAGUGUGCUUGUCCAGUCAUGACUAAGAGAACCAGGUCAUAUUUAUAUAAUACAUCUGUAGGGUGCUUGUCCUGGAUUAUGGCUUAAUGAAGUUUUUUAUGUCAUGACUUCCAGUGAAGUCCAGUGGACUCUUGUUGCCGAUGACAGGACUAGAAGGGUACAUUAAACAUUUUUGAAGAUCAGUAAAAUGACUUGAACAAAGAUAUAUUUUUUCAUGUAUAGGUAAAUAUAAAAUGUUAUUGGUUGUUUGCCUGAGUCUGUGAUUUCAUAUUUUUUGUCAGAGAGUGCUGAUGGAGACAUUAAACUUCUUGUGGAAGCAUUUCAGCUUCCAGAGAAUCCCUUACAUGAAGGAGACAAGUAUGGUGAGGCUGUGUUUGAUGUUUUCCCAAGAAAAGGCACUCUCUUCUCUGCAGUGCGACAAAAAACACCAUCAUCUAGAGAUUCCCAGGAAUUGUAUCAGUUUGAGACAAAUAUGACAUUAAGUCAAGUUGUGACGAAUGAAGGGUUCAGUGCAAAUGCUGGUGUCAUAAGAGCUGCUGUAAGUUUGAAGCAAGACCAACCUAAACAAGAAGGUGAGAUAUAUAUACACCUUACUUGAGGCCCUUUUAGCCGGGGGUGGAGGGAGGGGUUGGGGUACAUACCGUAAAAUUCCGAAAAUAAGCCCCUCCAUGUAUAAGCCCCUCCAAAUAUACUAUAUGGCUAGCCCGAUCGAUUUUGAAACGCAAAUUUCCCUCCAUAGAUAAGCCCCUCCAAAAAUAAGCCCCUCAUAAAGGGCCUUUGAAAAAUAUAAGCCCCGCGGCUUAUUCUCGGAAUUUUACGGUAUAUCCUUAGUCUGAAUUUCAAAUAUAUAGUCAUUUCACAUUUUGAGGUGUAGGCCAUGUCCCUGUCAGUGUUUAACCCAUCUUUAUGUUGUUUAUCACCAAUUCAUUUAGUCUUAAGCUGCUUGUCGGAAUUUCACCCCAAUGGGACCUUAUACUUGUAACAGAAUUAUGGGUACAUGCUGCAUGUUGCUGUUAUUGUGUCUGUUGCGAUUAACUGUUUUAUGCUAGUGUUUGUUUUGAUGUGUCAUGUGUAUUGCAUUUCUGCAGCGAUGUUAUUUUUUUUUCCCUUUCUAUCAGUGCUUUAUAAUGAUACCCAGGAAAGGUAACAAUAGUUAAAGCAAAUUAAAGGUCUGAACAACUGAAAAAAAAGUUUUUGAGGAGCUUAUAAAAAGGGAAAUUAGUUUUCUCUGCAUUUGAUAUAUAUAUGUAGUGGCUCCAUUUUAUCCUUGGUUUAAAGGUGACUUUCUUUUGUUUUUGGGUAUUAGCCAAAAUAUUUUACCCUUACUUAAGUACAGAGUUAUUUCCAUAAUUUUCAAAAGUUACCUUACUGGGACCUUGUUAUUGAACUGUUGAACUCUGAAGAUACUUAUCUUUAAUUUACCAUUGACAAAUCACAUCAUUAUUUAGAGAGUGUAUAUACUGUCAUGUAAGAAUUGAUGUCACUUGAUUAUCUAAUAUUAUUAUUAUUUCUUUUUCUUUUAGUUUUUGUUUUACAUACCUUUUGCAAUACUGUAAGUAAUAUUACAGUCAGGCAAAUAAAGGUUAUUGUUUGUUGUUGUUGUAGCAAAGAAGCAGGCAGGUAGAGAGUUAGCCAGUAUAACUGGGUCAGACCACAGAGACCCUAUUGAUGAUUCACUGCUAAACCCCUACAAUGAUUCUAGCUUGCUUAGAAAGCAGAUGAAAGCAGGAAGUUUAGCCAAUUUUUGCCCAAGAAGUGAGUUUCCAGAAGUUAACAGCAGGGAAAAACUAUUAGAUAUGGAGGGAGAUUACAUGCAAGAUACCUCUACAGGUGAUGGCAAUUUUGAAAUAGGGGGUAUUAAAUUCUGUAUGUAUAUUUAACCCUGAAUGGCACCAGUUGUUCAAAUGUUGGAUAUGUGCAUUAUAUCUAUGUAGUUCAUAAAGAUUUAACUACAACAUGCUGUAUUUACUUGAAUAAGCACCCCCCUGAUUAAGUGCCCUUCUCAAGUAACUGCUACAUUUGAAGUUUUUGGUGAUGUGCAAUGUACAACCUACUUUUACUUGUGUCCUUGUGAUGUUGUAGAUGGUGGAAAAUAGAGCAAGUUGUCUGGAGUUUUAGAUGGAGUAUACUAUUUACUGUAUACUGUCCAUUGAAAUAAUAAUUUUGUUUUUUAAUUUAAAGACAUUCUGUAAAUUUGGUUGGAUCAUUAUCAUUAGUUGCAUUGUAGAACCUCAAUAUAAUGUCAGGGCCCAAGCAAGUUUCUAGAUUGUGGGUUUUCGAAAAUGUCAAUGACACUUAUGAAACAUUCAUGUGAAUUUUGGACAAAAGAAGAGUGAUGCUUGGAACGUUUUUAUUGGAGUAGCUAGUGGCUCUAGGUUUCUCUUGCUUCAUCAGUUGCACCUGCUUUAUUCAAGCUCCCAAGUUUCUUUGUCAGUAAUACUGGUAAUGCAUUAUAUACAUGCAUUAUUGUUAUGUUAUUGUAGACAGAGAUCCUGUAGCUCAAAAACAGGAAGAUGCAGGAAGUUUAGCAAACUUUUGCCCCAGUUUAGAGUCUAGAUUUGACAUAGAGGAACAAAAAAAGAGGAAAAGAGACAUAAGAGGUAUUAUUGGACAUGGAAUACAGCUGUUGUUAAGUGGUAGAUGUGCAAUUUUUUAUGUACUUUUGCAAUGACUGCAGCUACUAAGAUCAGAAUAUUUAUUUUACAUAAUUUUUUAUAUUUUUAAAGCGCUUUUAUGCCUGUCAUGGUUGAGUUGGGCAAAGCUGAUUCAGUGCCCAAAAUUUGAGAGUGGUACAGUUACCAUCUCAUCAUUUGUUCCUAGCUGAUACAUAUACAGUAACUUAAAUGUUUUAGAGCAGUACUGUGUCCUUUCAGGGGAUAGAGUACUUGUCUUCAUCUUCAGUUAUGUAAGUGGUAGUUGUUGUCUUUCCUGCUAGGUCAAUAGCAAUAAUAUAAACAAUUACUGGAUGAGGUUGUUGUGUUAUCUGGAAUGAUCAAGGUUGAGGUAACUGUUAUCAGCCAAGCUAAAGGCUGAGGCUGAUGAUGCUUACCAAGACCUUGAUUAUUCCGGAUAUCACAAAAACAAAUCUAACACUUGUUUUAUUAUACAUUGUGUGAAGCGAUCAAGGACAAACACAGCAUCGUAUAGAACACAGUUUGACAUUGCUCUUGGAAAUCCUGCUUUGCAUGUGCAACCCACACAUUAGUAACUAAUCUGCUAGCAGAUAACUUUAUAGCUAAUCUGUAGAUUGCACUGAUUUGCAAGAUUAACUGAAGGCUCUUAGCCAGUGAGAAGACAGAUAUUGUGUACAAUGCACAAUAAUAAUAAUUUAUUGCAUUUAUUGUUAUCCGUUCAUUUUCUCUAUUUUAGCUAGACUAAUGUACCAGGCUAUAGUUCAGCAACAAGAGGAGGCAGGAAGUUUAGCAAACUUUUGUCCCAGUGUUGUUGUGUAUAGUGAUUCACCAGCCAAUGAAAAAGUUGAAUGUAAGGUGAAAUGGGAAGAUGAGGAGGAGGAGAAUGUCAUUUCAGUAUGUGAGUUUCUCAUAAAGCCCUCUAUGGGGAAUCUCACGAGAAGGUUGCAGAGAUGCUUUCCAUUCGUUUGCCUCAAUGAACCUAAAACUAACACCCUUUAACACAAUCACAUUAUAUGAAGUGGUGAAUAUUUUAGGAAAAAUCUGACUCUAGUUAGUUUCUUACCAUUAUUAACAGUGGCUAUUCUCCCUACUUUGAUAAUAUUAUGAAGUUUACCUCUGUUGCUUAAGAAUCUUGUGGAAGUAGAUUUAAAUCACAUAUCUGUGAUGUUAAUAGUUAUCACCAUCCUUAUCGUUCAUGCAAGUAACUUAAGUCUGCAAAUAUUGUAGGGGAGAACAACCGCAAGGAGAGUGCCAGCCUGGAACACAUUAUUUUUCCUAAUCUGGUACAGAAACAGGAAGCACAUUUAGCUAACACUUGUAAUAGUGAUGAGGGAGAUAGGGCAGAAAUUUUGGACAUAGAAAAGCAUUGCUCAGAUGAGGACGAAGAUGGAUUUGUAACAGAGAGGUUUAGAAGAGGUAACUUUGUUCAAAUGAAACCUGAGGAUUACUAGGCUAGCAAUGGCAGCCCUGUUGACCAUAGAACUGACAGCCACAGGCCAGUCAGUUGAAAUUUACAUAGAACUUCCCAGGAUAGCUGCUCUUUGGUAGAGAAACAGAAAAGGGUUUUUAUUAGAAGAGUUAGUGACAGGAAUAACAAGGAAGCUUCUUUGAUGUCUUAGCAAACAAGUAAUCUCAAAUUAAAGUGGUCAGUUUGUCUUGUAUGAUCUCAACCUUUUUACUCCAUGUGGGAACAUCUCUGUCUUAUAUCACUUCCCAAUGUCUGUUUCUACACACAAUAGAAAAAUGUUGUGAUAUUAGCUAGGUUAUUAUAAAGAAUACAUUACAUAGGAGAGAUCUCAUGUCUAUAUCAAGUUAAUUAAAUCAAUUAUGUAGCCUUAAGCUUUCACAAGAAAGAUGAUCUCAUGUAUGGAACAAAAAACUCCAUCCAUCCCUUGGCUUACAGGUAUUGUCAGGGUGAACCAGCAAAAGCCACUGGGAUGAAUUUGAUGUCAGCAGCCUUUGAUUUGGUUAAUCUAUUAAACAAGUCAGGCAAAGCUGAUGUAAUAAGGGCUAAAACAGAUGUGAAUUGCCUUUGGUGUCAUUCACUUCACCACUCUGAUAACUCUCCUCGAUCAAGUGGAUAGUGCUCUUUACACAUGUUGGAUAUCUUUAGCAGAAAGAAGGUCAAAUCAAACCUCAUUUUCUUUCUUUCAACUUCUUGCAAAGAUAAGCAAAAGUUGCUGUUAGUUUACACCCAAAGUCUUGUGUUAAAUGCAAGCUGCAGUGUUCUAAGUUGCUCUUGGGAUGAUUUUAAAACAACGUUUUCUCAAUCAUUUGAGGUUAAUUUUUGUCCCAUCAGAACCAGAGGAAGACCCUGCGAGGGAGCCGGAGUAUGUCAAGCCAAAGUUACUUCCAGUUCCCGGUGACCCUGGGCCAGGGCCUUCAUCAGCUUCAGAUGCCUCAACAGCCAUCAGAACAGUAAGUACUUUCCUGAACUGCCACAACAUUGGCACUAGUUUUGUUUUUCAGUUCAGAAACAUGCACUGAAUUUGCACUACUGUUGAACCGCUGCUAUGGACAUACCUGCAAUAAGUGGACACUGAUCCAUGGUCCUAACAAUAUUUUGAUGUACAGACAUUGCAUAUCAGACCUCUGUUUGACAAAGUUUUUAGCUGUAAGAUUGACCACUGAUAGCUCAAAGUUGACUGUAACCACUAGUAGGGACUGUAUAAAAUUAAGGGAACAUAAAGAAAGCAAUCAGUUUAGUGAGCUAGUUAACAACUCUCGUGCUUAUUUCUAAAUUUGUUUGCUGUCUUUGCACAACUACAACUUUAAAUGGCCAAUUUUUAAGUGUACGUGAUGGGAGCAGCAAGGCAAUAAAUUCCACCACCUCUGUCUGAACUUGGGUGUGGUCUCUUCAGCUCCAAACUUAAUUCCCUUUUUUUAAGUAAGUGGGCAACUUGGCAUAAUUGCGAAAAAGUUUGGAGGGGUGCAAAAUCCAUUUGUCCACAACUUUUCCAUUUUCUUGCCUUACCUGAUGAUCACUUCCUCUUGGCAAAUAUGUAAUUUGGGGUGACUGCGAACAAAAAGUGCUGAACUGGUGGUGUUAUAGACUGUAAAACAUUUUGUUUUCCUCAAAAUUGGUUUUGAAGAAGACUGUGUGAGAUUUUCACCCACAUUUCAGAAAACAGUAUUCUGGCCUUGAGAGUAUUUGACAGGAAUUUGGUAAAAUAGCCUGCCAUAGAACUUUAACUUGCCAAAAAUAAGAACUCCAUUCAUAGUUGGGUGGUACUGUUUAAUCAGGGCUGUCACUAAAAUUUGUCAGGUAUAUAAGUUGCCAGGUAUAUAUUGGCGGGGAAUUGAAUGGCUAGGAAGUUCUUUUGUUUCUAUGAAAGUAGCCAGGGGAAAAGCUCAUAGUAGCUGGGGGAAAAGCUCAUAGAAGCCAGGGGAAAUCCCUGGCCUCUAGCCCUAAGGGACAAUCCUGUUAUAUAAUACUCUCAUUAUUCCCUUUUACAUAGAUUCAAGAAACUGCCCUUGGUUCUAAUAUAAACAGCAUACCUGUGCAGCAUCUUUGUGGAAGCUACUUAGCAAGGGAAGGAUAUUGUGAAGUGGUAGUUCUUGCUCAUGGUGCUCUUGGAUUGCCAAUGAAAUCAGACGGAAGACCUCCUCAACCUUAUAUUGCAGGGUAUGUGAAGAGAAGCAUAAGACUGGCGCAUGAAUUUGGGUGAUUUUCACAUCUCUUGGAAUUUUGUCUUCCCAGCUUUGGAAACUGUUGCAUGUUUGGGUGACAGAAAAAUUUAAUUUCAUAUUUAAUGUAAAAAAGUCAUCUCUGCUCCAUGAAAUAGCAGGGAAAAAGUGUUAAUGUUAUGGUCAAAUAGCUGCUGGUUUACUUGUGAUAGAAUUUGGCCAACACACAAUGACAUAUUCAGGUUCUAUUAUACAGGAAUGGCUAACUGUGUCCGAUUGGCUGCGUGGUUGCGUGAAGCUAACCUUAACAUAUAGCUCUUCCUAUAGAGGCAAAGACUUCACUUAGAUGACAAACCUGUACACAUGUACAUACACUAAUGUUUGUAAAAUGAGUAUAAAGUUGAGUUACUUAUUUACAGGAAGUCUGGAGUUACUACAUGUGUACCUGUGCAGAAUAUUGUAGUAGUAUAUCAAGACAAAAUUUGUCAAUGUGAUACCGUGGUGAAAUAAAGAUUAUGAUGAUGAUGAUGCCAUGUUUGUACCUUUACAGGAACUCUGGAAUUACUACAUGUGUACUUUUACAAAACAUUGUGGUAGUAUAUCGAGACAUGUUUGUAACUCUUUACCGGAAGUCUGGAAUUACAAUAUGUGUAGCUCUACAACACAUUGUAGUAGUAUAUCGAGACAUAUUUUUACCUUUUUACAGGAAGUCUGGAAAAGCUGAGGCUCAGAAUCAAAUGGGACAGUCUGUCACUCAUGCCUCUAUUCAGCCAACUCAGUCACCAUCUUGGGAAGAAAUACUGUUAGUUGAAUUCAGAGAGGAGAAUUCCAAAGAUGAAGGUUGGUUGAGUGGUAAAUUCUAUUCAUUUUUAUGUAAUACUGCCCACGUGCCUUCGUCCUUAAGUCAUAAACCAUUUGAAGAGCACGAGAAAACUCAUAAAGAGAUCAAACUCUCUGAGCGAGACUCUCAGCUCUUAAAAGUACGGUAAAACAGGCUAGAAAAACGUGCAACUUGUUUUGCAACAUUGCUAGAAAAUGAGUUGAAAAGUGAUGUUGCGUGUUUUACCACCUAGAUUUGUUGCAAGACAGGUUUGAUUCGUGGGUUGUAAAACGCGGAACAUCGCUAUUCAACUUGUGUAGCAGCAAUGUUGCAAAACAAGUUGCACGUUUUUGUUGGCCGUUUUUCGGUAGCUUAAGACUCUUGUCUCGCGGUAAGACUCUGGUCUUGCGAGAAUCAAGACAAAACUGUUUACCGCAUGCGAUAAGCACUCUUUUUAUGAUGAGUUUUUCACUUUGCUCUUUUACAGUUUUAAUCCUGCUGUUAGCUGACCACCCAAGCAAAGAGUUACUUACAGAGUACACAGUUCCGCUUGCUCAUUUGAAGCCCUUUCAUCAGUAUCAUCUGGAGCUAGUUCAGGUAUCCAUCUUUAUUACAUACAUACUGAGAAAUACUCACCAAAAAGCUAUGUCGUAAAUUUUCUUAUAACAUAUCUGAGAUAGUACUCUCCUUCGGCCCGUGACAUCUCACGUGGAUGAAUUCUCUGGUAAACCAAUAGAAAGAGCGGUGUAUUGUUUUUAAAAUACACCACCUUAGUGUACACACAUCCGUUGAGCCCUAACAGAGACCAUUCUUGUAUUUUAACAAAAAUGGGCUGUUGGCUCAAUCCUAUGAAUCAGUGUCUUGGUUACGUUUUUGAUUCGCGUUUUUUUUCUGCUGAGAAGAAAGAUUUAAUUAAUAUUAUUUCCUUGAUUUUUUGUAUCCUUAAUGAAGAAGGGUGGGACUUUAAGAAAACAGUAUUGAUUGUCUUGUUGCUAUGAAAACGUUUGAGAUACCAGUAUAUAUCUAGAACCUCCUGUUUACAAAAAAUGUAAAUAAUUUUGAAAUCCUACGACAGGUUCUUUCCUUACUUCGUUAAAUAAGCACUGGAGCCCUCUAGUUUUUUCUCUGCAAAUUUGGUGAAGUUUGAAGAUAAUCUCGACCAUACAACUCGUUGCACAAAAAGCUGGUCAAACUAAUUUUCAAAUGCUCUGCUAGCGCAUUUGUGUUAGUUGACCCAUAAUUAGGGGAAGAGUGCAGCCAGACUAUCUCCUAUCUGAAAACUUGAUGAUAUAACUGUAAGUAAUAGGAAACCUAUGGUGGACUCGGUAACGCUACAAGAAGGACAAAUUUUCACUGAAUUUCAAUUACUUGUUUUCUCAGUUAUCUUUUACAGCUUUACUCUUUACUUUACCCUGAAGCUCGGUCAGUUUGUCCGAACUGCAGUGACCCGAGGUGACUUAUUUUACAUUUUUCCGGCUUUCAGCCCAAUCCAGAACUUAGCGGUGACAUUAGAUUAUACAUCACCUUGAUGAUGAAGAUGGACAAGUUACCGCUUCCCUCUGCAGGUUUUAAAGUCUUUGGACUGGAGGUAUGUAAUAGUCUUGUAUUGUUUUAUGAGCAUUCAACUGGCCUUUUUCAGGUGGCAGUUGUGACUGGUUUGGUGCUGCGUCAAAUUAUGGGACAGAUAUUGGGGACCAAUUUUAAGCCAGUUUCUGCAUAACCUAUUGUACUAGGCUGAUUUUGCGACAGGACGGUAACGUCAGUUGGCGACGGGAAAGCUCGCGGAAAGGACUAAACACGACUUCCGCCAUUGAUCAAACCGGUUGUUUGAUUUGCGCGCGCCGUUGUCAACUGACGUUGCUAAAUCAGCCUAUUAGCCAACCGAGAGCGCAAACGUCAGUUAAAAAAUGAAUUCGAGCUGUCUGCUGUCCACUUUUUACUGGGACUCUUUUACUGGGAUUUAUAAACCACUUAAAUACUACAUUCAUCUCAAUACUGUCUUUCAACCAGAUUUGCAAAUGUUACUUUGUACCGAAUGGUCUCCACGGUGUAUCUUUCCUUUCCCUUUCCCUCAGGUAUUGCUUCGUAGCUUGGAAGCCCCGGUCAGUAGCCAGAUGGGACCGCUUGUUGCCACAGGAAGAAUUGUAGCUGAUUGGAAGGAAUACAAGUAUAUACAGUUAACACUUUCUUAAAGCCUUGGUCUUAUCUUAUCUUAUCAUCUAGAUCUUAUCAACGUCACUGAUACGAAAAUUUAACGUUCUAAAUCUGACUAAUUUAUUGAAGAUUGGUAACAAAUUACUCCUUACUUUUGGCGCGAAAUUUCAGCGUUAAUUUGUAAUUUCACAGUGAAAUUACAAACUUGCUAUGGCAACGUUCCGUAUGUCUCAGUGCCAAGAUGGCGUCAAGGUUUUAAAAUAUUAUGAAUAAAGAUGUCAGGGCAUUAAAAGAUAGUUUGGAAAACCUAAACACACGAAAGAACGCAUCAAGAAUUAGGUAGUUUGUCGAAAAAUCAAGAAAAUUGUGAACUUGAGCCAAAAUUUGUGUUCUAAACUUUUCGAUGCGUGGAGUUCUCGAUACCGUACGAUAAACCAGUUAAAAACCGAAGAUUGUAAGCGUAAUUUGUCACGCAUGAUAUUAAUAUAGGUAGUGAAAUGGUAUACUCGUAAAAUUAGGGACUAAUGUCACUUGCGUUUUGUCCAAAUUCGUAUAAUUUCACGAUCGUUUAAAUUAUUAGAAUUUGGACAAAACGCGCGUGAAAUUAUUCCCUAAAUAUUUCACUCGUCAUCAUUUGAUUACACAUUCUUAUUUCACGCCCCAACUACGUAUACAUGUAAGUAAACUGUACAUGGUAGCUCGAGCAGAAAAAUGUCCUUGAAGUAGAUCUUCUUAUGUGCUCUUCCUUUGUCAUCGCUAGGGAAAGUAUGCUCUCAUCUCAGCCCAGACCAGCUGGAGUCACAGUAACCACAAUUGACUUUCCGUCGCCACAUCCAACUUCAUUCGCUGUAGCAGGAGCAACACCUGCACAGGGAGCCCCUCAAGUAACCACAGCUGGAACACCACAGGAACAGCCUCAGUGGAACCAGUCUUUGUUUUUCAUUGGAGAUGAAUCCAGUUUGUUCACUGUUACUUCUGCUUUGGUCAUAGAAUAUUAUCCUGCAUCACUUGGUAAGACAUCUAACAUGCAGCGAAAUAUUUCAGAAUGAUCUGAUUAAAGGAGCUCUGUCACGAAAUUCAGCCAAGUUAGGAAAUUACAAAAUGCCCGUUAAAUUAAGAGAAACAUAAAAAUAACUGCUUAAAACUUUAAAGGAAGGUUAAAAUAACAUAACAGAAACAACAAAUGCCACGGAUGGGCAAAACUGAAGAAGAUUGAAACGGAUUGAAAUUAGGGUUUUCGAAAAUUGUUCAGCCUAACAGUUUUUCAAAGUUGAUCCCUGCUGCGGGCAACUUCAAAAAUAAUGCUCAGGAGACAUAUUUAUUUGUCUCGGAUCUCUGAUUUUGUCAUAUACCUGUAAUUUCUUUGCUUACUUUAAUUUCCAUAGCGAUUGAGGGCUAGUAUUGGCGAAACUGGACUGCCGUGACACAGCCCCUUUAAGCAGCCAGCGAACGAAAUUUUCACAAUCCCUCCUAAAACAUUAGAUUAACUUUUUCAUGUACCUACUACAAACUUGAGCGAAUAAUUCAUGGCAUCGUUCCAUCUGAAUAGCAGCGUCCAUAUAGCCAAUUUUCGAGCCAAAUUCUAUACUGCUUGUGGAACCCUAAAGAAAUCAACCUUUAGUUUGAAGUUCUUUAUUGGUCCCUCUAGAGUGCGCAUGCCACCACGGACCUAAACUCAGCAAGAGAGAGGCGCCAGUGUAAAUUUGUAAUCAUUUUCUUGGUUGUUUCGCGUAGUAAAACAGUUACUGCUGCCUGCAGAAGCAAAAAGGUUACAAAAUGUGCCGCGGCAUUCUUUGCGAUGAGAAAAGAAAAAAAGAAAGAAGAUUGAAAAAGGGAAAACGUAAAAACGCGCCUGGUGGGACGAACGUUUUCUUUUGACUUAGUGGACUGUGUUGCUAUUCUGUCCUUGACGAAAUUGUUAUAUUUGUCAUGUUGUGAGCUUGAAACAAGAAAAAAUCUGAGUUUCUCACGGAACUGCUAAUGAGUUAGAUCAUAUACUAGGUUCAUGUGUGACAUGCGUCUUGCGCAAUGGCAGGAAUUGUUAAAAGCGGUGAAUAAAUGAGAAAAAUAUAUUCUUCUUUGUUACGAGGAUGGAUCUUUCAUCAGAGUAUCCAAUAAACACAGCCUCGUUCUUAGUCGUCCUCGGCUAUUUCGGGUGUGACGUCACCUGUCAAGCUUGUCGGGACACCGCCCUGAGGACGAGGCUGCAAUGAACAUUUUUUUGUUGUUUUGUUAGCGAUGAGUAGAGAUAGUUGGCAGCUGUCAAGCCCAGUUGGAUACUCUUACCAAACACUGGAUCAGUUGCUUUUAUCAAGCUUGAAGUGGGACAGCAGUAAACUUGGUCUCAGACUGGACAAUUUACCAAUUGAGGUGAGACACAAAUCAGACUGGUGGCAUGUCUAUCCAUGAACUAUUCUAGUUGAAAGUGUGAAAAUGUUAGUAGCUCCCUAGUAGCAUAUGGGUUAUGUUAUUUUAAGAGAAGUCGAAAGCUUCGAAUCAACAACGCAAUCGGAUUUUUUUUUCAAUAACAGCUUCAUCAUAGAAAGUUCUUACAAAGCCUCCAUAGGCAGAUUUUGCGAAGACAACGCAAAGUCGAAUGAAAGCGCAAAACAACGCAGAAAGGUCUGGAUCCGACUACCGGUGUUCAAUUUGCCGCUUUGCAUUUGGGCAAUUCGGUUUUUAGAUCUGUAUGCGCUGUAGUCACAGUCGUCACGAUGUCUUUGCUAAAUGUUCUUAAUAUCCGCAAUAGUUCACUGAGUUUUCGAACCCUCUCACCAGACGACUGUCUCGUUUCAAGGUACUAGAAUCGUCUCGCGUGUUGCUUCCCGCGAGAAAUGUGGGUGCAUUGCUGCAUAAGUCUAGUAGAAUGAACAAGAUUUUUCCCUCAGUUCAGCGGUAAGAGCAUUCACCCAGGUCCCGGUUGAAUGAAAUCAUGUUGGGAUAUUGCUUCUCUCUCUUCACGCUCUUGAUAGGCUAAAUACUGUUUCUUUUAAAGAAAAAUCGUAUGGCGCUUACCUAAAGUUAGAACUGGCCAACCGGACGGGUCAUUUUGAUAAUUAACAGACUAUUUUCUAAAGUUGUUGCUAACACCCAUUUCAGCCCUGCGAUGUCCUGACUAAUAGUGGAAUUCUCUUUAUGACUGGAGUGGUCUGGUUGACCAGUUCAAACUGACGGUAACGGCGCCCUUAGGCUUUGAUUGAUACGUGAAUAGUUUAAUUUUGGGUCAUUUCUUUUAGGGGUCAAACCUCAGAACAGCGAUAGGUACCAGUCCUUCAGUUGGAAUGGUGCUCAGACUGGUCACCAGCCAGGUAUUUGCCAAAUUAUUCUAGUGACCUUUGCUUCAGCUGUUUGAGGAGUUAGUUAGUUUGCAUUUCGCGAUUUUAUUGGCCUCUGUUGUGACGUCUCGGUCUUUUGUCUAAACAUAUACCAGUAUAGAGUCUUCUAAGCCAAUAACAUCACAUCUUUACUAACACACUACCGAUAACGUCACGACCUAAUUGACCAAGAGGUGAAAGAACAGAAUCCCCACACCAUUUACUAAUGAUACACUCUUUACUUUGACGCUGAUGAUGACUUCCGCGCAGUUUGUGGAAACAUCAAUCACUGUCACCAACAGUCCUAUUCUCAAGACUACACUUAAACGGACGAUCAUAUUUAAUCUACCUUUGACAUAACUCCAGGUUAAUAUCACGUGCUAUAAUGAUUUUCAUUAAAAACACUUUUUAAUUUAGCCUUUAUUGAACAAGCUUGUUCGGUCAAGGGAGCAGGAUAUUGGACUCUUUUUGCAUUUUUAUCGAGCUCGAAUUCGUCUAUAAAAACACAACAACAACAAAAACACCAAAACUUGGUCGAUAUCCAACGUUCUUGUUCACGCUUCGUUAGUAUCGCUUAUACAUUAAAUUGUACUUGUACUAUUGACUUUUCCAGCGACCAGACCAGCAACUGACAGCAGCGCAUCUGUCUUCAUUGCCUGUGUUUAGGACGGCACCAGCUCAGCAGCAGACACAGCAAGGACAAUCGUUCUAUAAUACUCAUCAGCCAGCUGACACGGCAGUGCAGGUGCGAUAAUAAUUUGGGUCCUUUUAUCGAGAUUACAAGUAACAUGGUUUAGCUCUAACGUCAGCAUUCAGUUUACAGUCAAACCAGGUGAAGCGUUCCCGUCGCUAACGAACUAAUAAAUUCAUUAACGGAAAAAUGAUUUCGUUUGUUGAUUCAAUAAUCCAUUCAUAAAAUGAACGAUCCAAUAUUCAUAUUUAGCCUCGAUUCCAUAAUCGAAUGUUGCUUCGAUUACUGUUUUUUGAAAAACUACACUUUUUUUUCUUCGAGUCGAGUGCGGGCGAGUUUAACCUGCGAUCAGGCGUUUUUUUUUAGGGAUAAUAGGGAGAGGGCAUGAUCUCAGGCUAGGGCGAGUUCUGAAGUUCAAACCCAAACAAACUGUUUGCAACGGACCUGACCUCUUAGAAAACACCAUAGUCAAACUGAGGUCAAUGUAUGUGCGGUGAUUGGUGGAUUUCGAUCCUCGGCCUUUGUCAGAUUUUUUUGCAUUUGCGGUCUGUCUAUUCAAGCUGUUCUUUUGAUUAAAGGCAAUUAAAAACGCAAUCGUAAACGGCAGGAAAAGGGAAGCAAAUACGAUUGAACUCAACAGACAAGAAUAAAGAACAGGUAGAUUUUGUUCAUAAACCAAAUCAAAAUUUAAUUAUUGAAUCGAGGUCCAAUUUGACUGUUGGAUUAUUCAUUUUAUGAAUGGAUUAUUGAAUCAACAAACGAAAUCAUUUUGCCAUUAAUGAAUUCAUUAGUUUGCUAGCGACGGGAACGCUUGACCUGGUUUGACUGUAACAUUCAAAUCCCUUCUCAGCGCCGCUCGCCUGGCACCUGGUAGGCUCAGUCUCCAGCCGAGGGUCUCUCGAUACGCCCGCGGUACUCCUCAUCCGACGGGUCGGGUUGGAAGUACCGCGGGCGCAUCUGGACCCUACUCACAGGGCGGGGUUGUUCACUGCAGGGUUAAGAUAACCCAGGGUUAGUGCAAAUAUAUGAAAGCUUAAAAAGCAACUUCAGUUUUAUUCUUUUUGUCUACAAUUUGAUGAUUUGAUGCUCUAAAAAGAAUCGAGAAAAUUAUUUGGAAAAAUUUUUUUGGACAGAAGAAAAAGAAACUCGGGUUAGCGCUAAUUGGCCUUCGAACAACUGGGCCCUGGUGAACCAAUACUUUUAUACAGUUUAAAUCAGUGAAUGGCAAUUUUCGCGUUUUGAUCAGCUCUCGUAACCCAGAAUAUCACUGGCUAUUCACUGUUUUGGGACAGGGGCAAAAAUGGCUUCUCGUUUCGAGACAGUUUCGGAAGACGAAAUUUUAGCGAUAAAUGAAGCAGCUUUACCAUCAAAUACCAAGAAAGCAAGGAAAUUUGGCUUGUCCGUGUGAACUGGUGAUAGAAAUUUUGUUCUUACCGAAUUUAUAACAAAAUCUAAAAAAUGAACUUAACAAAAUCCCAAAAAUUAUUGUAACAGCUGUCAGUUGGAACGUAAUCGUAUCAAAGCUCUUAAUACUAAGUGACUUCUUUUAGUUGCAAAGAUUACUUUUUCGUUUUUGUUAAGGGGAUCUGAUUUGGUAAAAUAAAGCACUAAACUCUCCCACUCAGGGUCGGUGCAUAGCGCUAGGUGUUCUUCCGGAUGAUUGCUCCGUGAGAACUGUUUAAAACUUUAAUAAAUCACAUCACGAAGACACCAACAGAAAAAAGGUGCUGAGCGAGCAAAACGACUAAAAAAGCUCGUAGUCUUAGACUAACAAAUGCGCAUGCGCGAGAAUCUCUAAGUUCACAGGACUACCACUAUUUUCUUGGGUGAAUCCACCACUCUUCAACUCCUUUGCGGAGAUAAUGUACAUAAUACUGUAAAGGUAUUAUUGAAAUAUAAUGGUAACCCCUUUCUUUGUUUAUUAUCAGACCCCUUAUGGUCUUCCUCCAAUGAAUGCCGUGAAAACUAUUCUACCACACUUUCAUUCUCUAUACAAUGCUGGACCAAAGACUGAACCAGUCAAGGAAUAUGUUCCAUUGGCGAACUUGUCAUCCCCAAAUGUAUCCACUCCGCCGGAGAGAGGGUGAGUGUACUUUAUUAUACAAGCAAUGAAAAGGAAAUACGAGUCCAAAAUAUAAUUGCGGGAAAAAGGCAGUUUCGUGACGUGUUUCAUGUUAUCAUUGCUUGUGCUUUCACUGGGUGCUUGGUUCCUUCCAUUUUACACCUGCUACACAACAAUGAAAGCAAGAGCCGAAACCACAAGAGGACAAAAAUUGUUAGUUUUUCUCCCGCUUGAGCUUAUACCUAAGUGUACCCUAGGUAGCAGACGCUUUUUCUCUUGUGCGGCGGGGUGCUUCGUUCCAGGGGCGAAGCUACCAGCGGCGAAGGCGCUUGUCACUGUUAAGACUGUAACAGGAUUAACUCAAACGAUUGGAAGGUCGCGUGCUGGAUUCCCUGAAACGGACGGCCAGUACUUAGGGUGUUAAAUAACUGAGGGAGAAGGUAGUUCCUUGCCAUGUAAACGACUGGAACUUCACUUGGAUCGGAUGACCACGUUGAAAUCACAGGCCCGUCCCCAAGUAGGAGGUGUAAAAACAGUGUCGUCAGUUAGCACUUGCGUAUUCUUGUAGACGUAUUCGAUUUUCGUGGACGGUUGCCCUUCCGUAUUGGCGGGAUACUGCUGAGCCGAGCCAGCGGCGUGUUUACAUUCUAAAAUAAAGUACGUUUUUUUGCGUUAGCGUAACUGGUAACCGCGCGUGAAAAGUCUUUGGCACCCAGGGUAUUUUAGUUGUUUCUUUGUGUCGUAAGUUUAAACCUGGAUGAUGCGAACAUAACAAAAGUACAAACACAAAUACAAAGCGCGGUUUUGCUUGCAUCGCACCGGUUCACUUGUAAGUGUCUUGCGUUGUACUUGUAAACUAGCCUUAUGUUUUGUUCCUCUUUCAGAAGCAUUGAAGCAGCUGGCAGUAUUCAAAUUCCUCCAGAAGUAAGCAUUGUUUGAAUUUUCUUAAAAAUGCACCAGAAGAGCUCGUUAUUUUUUUUGCCAGUGUCAAGCAACUGGCAUUACCAGUUGGCAGUGUCGCUCUAUUUAAUGAUGAGGCUCUCGGUGUAAUCUUGUACAGGUGAAGGUAGUGGGGCCCAAUACCACCAUUACUCUAUACCACACCAUACCAUAUUCUUUUACAGUCGAAUCAGGUAUUAGAAAAAUUUAGAUUUACUUGUACCGCAAACGGCAAACGGCAAACGGCAAUUUGUACCACGUCACCAAGGUUUUGCGUACACUUUUGUUGGUUAACUUUUAUGUUGUUGUUGUGUGCGUAUUGUUCAGUGUAUUUUCAAUCUUUUGUGUUACGUCAUUUGGUGGUUGCACCCGUUCACAACAGCAAGAAACUACCCCUCUGGUUUCCGCGUUGUAGGAGGUCUGGGUACCAGGUGGUUUUUGCCGUAUCAUUUGAGGACUGUUUUAUUCAUAUCGACUAAAGGUCAGUAAAUGUCUCUUUCAGGUCAGAGGAAAAAUGGAUAUCAGGGACUUAGCGGUCAUGGAUUAUCAAAUGAAGGUGCAAAAAUAAGUAAACUUCGUCACACUUAAGCGCUUUUGUUUCUGAGAGGUGUUCAGUAAACUACUUAGCUUUGUGAAUGUGAUUCAUGUCUACAAUCAUCGGCGACAAUUACAGUUUAGCUAGUUUAGGCACUUUGACCUUUAUGACACCUCUCUUUUUCACGACUCUAUCUACUUCAAAAAGGAAAAAGCAAACCUUCCUUCCCGAACUGAAGAUACCUAUGACCUAUAGUAAACAGAAAAACAAAGCGACUUUAUUUGGGGGCAGUGGGAGGGGGGUUAGGGUAGGGGUCACGACUGUUUUGUUUUCCAAGUAUGCCCCACUAUACGACGGUGUCUCAAAUCUUUUCAUGCGAAUUGUUAGGAAGUUAUCUUUGUUUUGGAUAUAUUUGUUAUUUAAAGUGUUGUAUAGGGUCAUUGCCAGACUUCUUGUUGCGCAGUUUACAGUCAGUGAAGUAAUGGAUUAUUCAUAGCCCCAAAUGUGAUUGUGAAAUGAGAUGAGGACGGUCACUGUGUUUGUUCACGUCUCUCAGUCAGAUUAGAUAAAAGCAAUAUGAGAUACGACCAUAAAAACGCACUUUAUUUUAGUGUCAGUGUAUUUAGUACGAAAGUACUAAUUGAUGGCGCUAUUUUUACGUCCCACUGGAGACGGGACCGCCAUUUUACGUGAUCAUCCGAGCCACGCGAAGGUCUAGCCAUUUGCAGGGCAAAGGAAUUACCUUCAUUUCUCAGUUAUUUUAAGACCCUGGGUGUUGGUCCGCGCCCGGGAAUCGAACCCAUGACCUCCAGCUCUGCAGUCAAGUGCUCUACCCCAUAAGGUCCUCCGGAAAAUUAACACGGGCCUAGUGCUUUACAUUCCGGUACCGAAUCGAUUGGACUAACCAGGUGGUGCUUCUGUCAUCAUUUGAAUGGUUACAUCUGCUAUAGGAUUUCGUCCACAGACUCAAGAGUUUAAUAGAACUAAACCGCUUUUAAGAUCGUCUUUGCGUGUGAAGGGAUUUAAUUUCAGUUAUUGCUUUACACUAAGCUAUGUUAUAUUUAUUGUAUUAACAGGAAGUAGAUCGCUAUAGAACAGCAAUGAGAAAGAUGGCAACAGAUCUCCUCCAUGUGCGAGAGGAUUGCAAGCGAUUAGAGGUAUGUACUCGCGUGCGCACACUGUUGGUUAACUAGUGCAAAAAACUCAAUCAACUCUCGCCUUACGGACGCCUCGUUUAUAUAAGCUAAAUUCCCGACAAAUGUUAGACUUUGACGUAAACAAACUUCAGAUAUAACGGAUUGUCGCUAAUGUACGGAGUGUUUUUUUUUUCUGUCCCAACACAAAAAUUUCCUCGUAACGGACACUGAGCUCCAUCUUUCAACACUUAAAAAAUAUUAGCUUGAGAAAACAGCCGACACCUCAGACGCCACCACUGGUUUCCUCGAGAAAUGAUGUCUGAGAAACGAGCGCAGAAAUUCCAUACUGAUGACGUGUCACUACCCAAAUCUGGGUAGUGCUUCUCAUUGGCCGUGCCGCGUGGGAAAUUUGUUUCAACCAACCAGAUGCCUACCAGAUCUCGGUAGUGACGCGUCAUCAGUAUGGAAUUUCUGCGUUCGUUUUUCAGACGUCAUUUCGCGGGGAAAGCAGUGGUGGCGUCGCGAAAUGUCGGCUGUUUCAUCCGUUUCUUGUCAUUAUUUUGUUUUUCGGCUGGUUUAGUUCAUUGUAAACAUACGUUACUUCUCUAUUGCACAUGCUUGUGGGAAAAUUCUUCUCUCACCUCAUAGUUACAUCGGAGCCUAGCUUGCAGUCCCGAGCGUCCAUAAUAUUUGUGAGCUGCGGAUGAGUGUAUCCGGUCUUUGUAACGUUGGUUGUACGAGUUCGUGCGAUCUUUAAACGAGUGGCCUGACGCUAAGCGUGGGUAAAAUGGAGAAGGUGACUGGGGUUAGGCGUUCAAAAUACGCUCAACCAACUCGCGAUUGAGGCUCGCGUGCGGAUCCAUGGUUUUGGCGCCAAUAUGAUCCGCUAAUGGUUUUCGAUGUCACUCCCAUAGCUACCGGUACUACUUCACCCCCCAAGAUCUUGAUAUUUUUCCUGUUUUUUUUUUCCCUUUUUCCUUUCUUUGCUUUCAUCUUCUCUAUCUUUUCGUGAACAGUUAUAUCAGACGCUUAUUUAAUAACCGAGCUUAAAUAUUGUGCAACUAUUCUCUAUUACUCCAUAGGAAGCCAACAGCAGGCUCCGGAGGGAACUGGGUCAGCAUGACGAGAUCUCCAGACUGAUGGUCAGUUCAAAAGACUUGGAUAAUGUAACUCAUACUGAGUUGGUGCAGAAAUUCGGUAAGUUAAAAUGAGUUCUACUUUUAUUGAAAAUCUAUGGUAAACGUCUUUUAUUUGACACGCCGGCUUUGUAACUGGAAACAUGCUGGAGUGGUAGUAGACCGUUCAUAGUUCCUUUUAUUCCCGUUAGAUUCGCAAGACCUUUGAGAUCGAGCGCUUUCUGUAACAGGUGGCCAUAUAGGGUGUUUUCACAUGACGUCACGGAGGCCAUAUUGGUGUCCCCAGACAAUGAAACGGCGGCCAUGUUGGUGUCCCAAACCAGUCCUGUGGGAGUUGAACUCUUUUCUUAUGCAAACGCUUUCUUUUGUUCCAAUAAAUUUGCAUAGUUGCUGGUCACGUGAGUGAAAACGCUCUAUUGGUUCCAGUUGUGAGUGUACCCUACCUGCGGGGUCCCGACACUUGCCCCCCCCCCCCCCCCCCCCCCCCUCCUUGGAUCACAACAGGCGCCGCCCCCCCCCACAAGCGCCUCGCCGUGCAACACGUUAAGAAAAAAAGGGGAGGGGAGAAGAAGUUGAAAGAGUGAUGUAUUAAUUUUUUUUUCAUUUCUACUUUCCUUUUUUUUUUUUUUUUUUUUAUUCAUAUAUACAAUGUAUACGAAUAGAGAACCCCCCCCCCCCCCCCCCCCCUCAGUACGUAUGAUAACAAGGAUGGCCGCCCAUUACAGCAAGUGCUCGAUCUUGACGAUCUUACGGAAAAAUAGGGGACUGUGAACAGUUUAGAAUGACAGGUUUGUAUCCAAUUUUUCAGCCUUUCAAUCCCUUUUAUGCUUUUUUUUGGUCUACUGAGAAAUAAGGCGUAAUAGCCAAGGGUAGAAACACCGCGUGUCAUUUCCUUAUCAGUAAAUUGUAACAUAAUGGCCCAGGUGCUGGACUUACGAAGACCUCCUCGUCAGUUGAAGAUGUCUCUACAAUGCUAAUGUUUCUCAAGAUGGCUUUGUUAAUCCGGGCCGAAUUCUUUCUAAUAGUAGAAAGUACUUUUUCCCCUUCGAGGAUUCUUACUUUAAGACGAUAAAUAAAGAGCAAAUGAAAGCGUUUGGGACAUAAAAGGAGACCCACGUAUGAUGUUUGUAAGUUAAUGAUAUGUGUUUUUUCCUUCCAUGAAAAGUUCUGCUGAAAAAGAAACUCGCAGAUGAAUCCUCGAAGAAACAGGAUUUGCAAACAAGGCUUCAGCAUCUUCAAAAUGACCUCAUCAUGGUAACGUUGCACGCACAACAUUAAUCAUUGCCUCCGUCGGAGGGUGUCUGUUAGAUUAUUUUUAUUUUAUCUUGUGGUGUGAUUUAGUUUUCACAUUGUUGUUCAUCUUAGCUGAACUCUUCCUUUAAAAGUUAUGUGUAAGGCGCUGUAUUUCCGCGCGAAUGUUUGUUUCUUUUUCUUGUUAAGGGAGAUUCGACUUUUAAGGGUUUAGUCACUCAUGCUAUUUUUGUCGCAGUUUUCAAACGCAAUAUUUAACGCGCCCGAGUUCGCAGUGAAUAACGCAAAGUAAAAUAUUCGCGAUUUACUGACCUUUCCCGCAAUCCGUUGCAAUGUACACACACAACAAUGCGAGGUCCAGGCUCGGAUGGACAAUUUUGUCCAGAUCUCUGUAUUUUGUCUACCCAAGCCUCGAGGUGGGUAAGGUCUAUUUGUGACUGCAAAAUCGUAGAAAUUUUGAACUGGUAACUUAGAAAAUUUGGGGGGCUGAGUAUCAUUGAGUUGCGGCCCAAACGGUGGUUUGGGGGAGCAUACGUCUGAUGCUUCAGACUUAAGAAAUUGUAACUUGUCUUAUAUUUUCACCCGAUUCGAGCAGAAAAUUUACUGUCUCAUAUCUUUUGAUUUGAAGUUGAAUGGCGUUACUAACCAGAUUUCGUAUUUUAACAGAAAAAUGAGAUGGAAAAAGAGUUUUUGAAGCUGCAGGAAGCGCACGAGGGCCAACAAGCACUUUUACAAAAAAUGCAGGUAAUUGAAUACACACAGAUAACCAGAUCAAGCUAACUUUGAAAACGCCUUCCUUUUCAUACUUAGCGUUUUUGAUUCCUAGAUUUAGAAGGAGCAGCGAUUUUCGUUAUAUAUGAAACCUAACUCGAUUGCCGCGUGUUCCGAGGCUGAGGAACGAAAUUAGUCAUUCUAAGCAGUUUAAGUGAUAUAAAUGUGGAAAAAGCUAUUACUGCCAUCAGACUUUGAAGUCACUGCGCAAGCCAAAGUACAAUCUGUACGAAGGCAUUAUAUUUUGACUUCUGUAGCUCAUAUAACACCUUUGUCUUAUUUGGUAGAGUAAGGUUCAGAAGUACAAGACCAUUCAAGAUACUUGCAAGAAACAAGAGAAAGUAAGAAAAAACCGUUUAGCAAUGGCAGCAUUUUUAAUAAAACGAAAGUUUCAACUCCUUCCUGAUCCAGGGGAAGGGUCUGGAAUUAAGCGCCUCCGAAAUUAACUUGUCCGGGGGGCAAAAUGCAAUGUAGCAAAUCAAGAAUACCAAGUUGGCUCUUCGGUUAAGUUACAGACUAGCUAAGCUAUUGGGAAGGUCGGUAAGCCUUUCAGAAUGUUGUGUUGAGCCUUGAAUGGAUUAGCUUCAGAUCCAGGGAGAGACGACGUAACUAUAGUGAUCCGAUUAUAUCCUUGGUUAAAAAAUAAAUAAAUAAAUAAAAGAUAACGUAAGUAAAAUUUAUACCGAGAAUGAAAUUGAUCCACAGCAUGAACGCCUACCUGCGUGAGAUUAAGCACAUCGCCCACAUGAAACAGAUUUGAUCUAACCUUUAAUUUGAUGCACGUGAUGCUCUUCACUUCAGGUUAUAGUUCAGCUUGAGCAGCUUUUAGCCAAACAUGGAAAAGGCCCGCAGUAUAACGGUGGUAUGUUGGACUUUGACUUUGACUUUUAUUAAGGGCCCAGGGGCCCGUUUCUCGAAAGUCCCGGUAACUUUACGGGCCCGAAAUCAAAUAUUCAAAUCGAAAUAUAAAGAAUAAGAGCGCGGGUCCUGGCUAGCAAACUACUCCAUUUUGUUUCAUUAACUGACAGUUUUAUCGUGUUAGAUGCAAAACUAUUGAAACCUCGAUCUUUAAUGUAAACGGAGACAGCUUACCGGGCCCGUUAAUUAUCGGGAUUUUCGAGAAACGGGCCCCUGGAAAUAGAGCGCUCGCCCUACGUGAUAAAUAUUUCGUGCUAUAUAUCUCGAAACAAGAGAUAUAUGUCAGUAAUGUUGAAAAUGAUAUUUGUUAUUUUUCUCUGUGUUAUUCUUUGAAGAAAAUAAAGACACUUACAGAACUCUUAGUGAACAAAACAUCAAACUGCAAGCGGAAGUCAUGCAGUACAAGGUACACAGAAAAAAACCACCAGUUUAGUAUUAUUUCGUUUUAAUAUCUCGUGGACAAACUGGUAACCUUGUAUUAAAACUCUUAAUUACGUUUAAAACAGUUUGUUACUGUUCAAACAUGCCUUCUUUCUUCUCGUAAUAACGAGUUUCAUUUCGUUGAAAUGUUUUCUUCACCGAACAAAUUCAGUCAGUGACGCAAACAGUGCCGAAGAGUCUGCAUGUUUAAUCACUAGCAACUUUAUCAGUUAACUAAAAAAGUAAACUAAACUGGCAUUUUAUUGGUUACGUUUUACACUUUGAAAAGUGAAAAUGAGAAGCUUAGCCUUUGAAGUGCUGCUCUUGGUAAUUUUAGUUCCAAAGUGAACUACGACAGACGUUGUGGUCCUGACUUGUUGGAAUUAAAAUGAAAUUAUGUGUUAUUGCAGAAGCAUUGUAGUCUCUUUUAAAUGAAACCUUUUCAGCAACACUGAAGAGCAUGUUGCUGUUUGUUUCUUUUUAAUUCGGCAAAAUGAAAUAAUUUUGUUAUCUUUAGCGCGGUCAAGUAACCACCCAAAACGACUCGAUAGUCUUUGUGGUCGCCUUCGAAAGCCGCCGACUAUUUUAAUGCAUUGUCUGGAAAAAACUGAUUUUGGUAUUCGAUUGGAUAGACGGGUCGCCUGUUAGGGUUGGUAGAACGUGAAGAUUCGGUUGUACUUCUUUUUAUCCUUGAGAAAGGUUUGACUGCAACUGCCUCCUUUCUUUUGUUACUUUGUAGGAGUUGCUGAAGACAGCUGAAGCGAAGCAAAAGCUACCAAGGUACACAGUCCCAGUGACAUGUCUAAGGAAGGGGCAAGAGUCCCCCUCCCCCUCCCUAUAUUUGGACAAAAAUAAGAGGACUGAAUACUUCGUUUCGACCAGAGAUUGGUUGUGCUACUACUCCUGUCCCUCAUUCUGUGUAAUAUCUGUCGCUUUUCUUAGCAAAUUCCAAAACUGUCGAUGUCUUGCAAAUGUCCACGUGUAUGAGUUUACAUCAUGAUUGGAAUUAUAAUAAUCUCGAAGUACUUAUUGUACAAUCUUUGCCCUCGAGGAGCAGUGUUGUUUUCCCUUCCGGGCUCCUAGCUUAGCGUCCGGUGCACUGAUUUUAUUCAAAUACUUUUACAUCGAUUUUUAGGUACCAAUAUUUUUCUUUGUUUUUCUUACUUCUGGUUAAAAUUUCGUUCAAGAAAAUCCCAUCGUUCCGAAAAGCUGCCCCUGGGUCGCCGAUGUUUACAACAUACUUUUAAAAACAACUGUUCUAAAUUGUGGACAGGACGUUUACUAGCAUAUAGAAUCCGUAUAAUUUAACUUUUUAUGGCAAAUAUGACUUUACAAAGAAGGAAACCGGGAGAAACUGUCUACCGCACGAGUUACUGCAGCUUGCGAACGGGUUUUUGACUCACGGAUAAGGAUUAAGCCUAUUCCAAGUCGAACCCCCUUGUCGAGAACUUACUCGUUGGUAGCUCGGUGGGGGGACAUCCAUGCUAAGCCUGUGACUGAAGCAUCGGAAUGCUGCACGGAUUAGUCGGCACAUCUCCCAGUUAUCUGUGAUUUUCCUUUUGCAUUUCCGUCCGGGUCUAAAUGACAUUUUACUUUUGUUUCAGAUCUCCCCCUGACAAGCAUGUGGCGAGUGUAAGUCAGGGAUGAAAAUUUAUUUAUUUGUUUGUCUUAGGAAAUUAACCUUAAUUCUCGCAUUUACUGUACACUUUUUCCAUGGCUACGCUACGCAAGGCUGUCCCGAAGCCGUCGGUUCUGUUGGCCGGUGCGCCUCUCCAGAAAAUUUGGACAGACUAAGGGACACAACUUAGCAUCAGGAUUUCUGCGAUCUUGUGUAGACAGUGAGACAGACCUUAGACUGCGAGCAGUCUCUCUUUUUCUUCAGAUUUAGUAAGGGGAGUGCACGCGCGCGCGAGCGUUGAGCGGUGAAGCCGCGAGACGCGAGAAACGAGGGCGGCGCGUGGUCAUUUGCGUGUCUUGGGCGUUUUGCUCGACGGUCCAAGAAAAAAGAGAGACUGCUCGUAGUCUAGACAGACCUAUGCUAGCUUUAGUGACUGCCUUUGGAAACCAUCCCCCUAUCCAAAACUAUCUCACGUCACCCGAACAAUCCCUCGUUCCCAGUAUCGUAAGCUUCUGGAGGGGUAAACUGUGUCUUUAAUUCCUGUAAGGUUUUCGUGCUAUUUAUGAGAAGUGUAUUUUUCUAUCGUUUUUGCUGCUUCUAUUUUGAUGACGUUAAACUGGGGGAUAAUGCAUAAUCACACAUAACCGUGUUGAUUUCGCACUUUUUACUUUAAAAUAAAGAGAAAUUGCAAUUGCUGUGUAUUUUGUUUGGCAGAACGGCCCAAUGUCCGAUAUGGAACGCCUUGAACUGUAUGAAAAACUGGAGAAAGCCGAAGGCCGCAUUGUUGCACUAGAAAAACAGGUAUGUUGUAAAAUGGUGGCGAAAACAAGUUUACCGGGGCACUCGGCCAGCAAGAUUUCAAGAUUAUCCUCAAGUUAUAUUUUUAAAUAUCACAAAUAUACACCUGGUAAGAACAAAUUCUACGGACACAAACAAGUUUAACACAACAUUUAUUUCUCAACUGAGAAUAUCUGCAACUGUUGAAGAGCUUAUUGUCAACAGAAAUUGUUUCCGUGUUCUUGAAGGAAACGUAAUAAACAAAAUUAAAUGGUGGUACGUCAUAAGGGGAAGCCGGAGCACCCGGGGAGGUAUCUCUUAGAGUGAGACUGAGGAGAAGUUAGACAACAACCUCAAUCCGCAUAUGCAAGCUUCGUCUCUGGAAUUCGAACCUGGGUCGUGAUAGUGGGUGGCAAGUCAGCUCUCGCUAAUGCGCCGCUCUUGCUCCCCAUGUCGGAAUCAUACUCGAAAUGCAAACCUCCCAGUUACAGGAUUACUAAUGUCUCAACCUUUUUCUUACUUUUUAGUUGGCUGAUAAUGUGAGAAAAUGGGCGAAAGACAAAGCUGAUUUACAGGUAAUUAGAAAUUCCUUGUUUUCUAUUCGUCUUAAAAGGCAGGUGCGAAGAGCGUUACUGGGAAAUGUUGCCCCCAGCAUAUGGGGCUGAAAUGUUCCUUCGGAAGAAGCCAUAAAUUCACUAAUGAUUGCUAAACUAAAGUUCGCGGCAACCAUGUUGGCUGUUCGCCUUGCUGGAAGCUUAUUCAUAAAAACAACAGGGAGCUUCAACGACUGCGACGGCUAGGAAAACGUCACGUCACUUCAAUUAAAAAGUGAAUUCGCGCUGCCUCAAACUUUAUUGCGCAUACUCCAUCUCGUUUAAUUAGUCAGAUGUUGACAAAUUUUUUUGGAGUUAAAUUCUAAAGGACUGUAUACAGUAAUUGUUGAGCGAAAGAAAAAGAAAGCUGUUGUCUUUUGUUUACGUUCUCGAUCAGUCGUCGUCGGUUGCUUAAGCUCCAAUAACGCUUGCCAUCUCUUCCAUUUGUAAGUAGAUAUUUCGGUUAAUUUUGCUUUUCCUUUGUUUUAGGGUAUGGUAAUGAAUGCUAAUGAAUUUGAAACAAAAGAAAGACAAAAAUUACCUAAAAUAAGAAAUUAUACCUGCAACAUAUACGUGUUGGAUCACAGUCUCUUGUGUGGCGGGGCUGCUUUUCAGUACAGCUGCUUGUGGUGUCGUUAAAUCCUGUGAUAAAGUAAUUAUUUUCUUCUUGCAGGUGAAGUUAAAUGAAAGUGUCGUAGGUCAGAAGACAGGAUUCAAGAACUCGUAUUCCUCUACGUCAAUCGACAUCCUAGACUGGGUUUGUAAGAGUUACUUGCUUUUAAACUUUGAUAUGUAACUAACCAAUCGAGAAAAUCAUUUGUGAUUUUGUACAGGGGUUAGCGAUUAGUAACGAUUUGUUUACUUGCUUGUUUUGUUCACAGCACAAUGGCCCAAAACCACCAUCACCGGCGAGACCUUUGGGUCCUCGUAGACCUUCUCCGAAGCUUGAUCCUUUAGAGAGAAGAUAGCAACUAGAGCCUUUUGAAACCAUCAGCGAAUUGCCUGAAUCCCAAACAAGGGCUGGGCUAGAAGACGGUUUAUUCGUCUCUAUCAUAACGCUUUGUUUAAUACGAUUUUCUGAGAAUAAUCAAACCGAUGAGGAACAGUUGAAUGAACCGAAACUAACGAUCAACUGUUACAUCUGUACUAGGUAAUUUAUCACUCUGCAAUUGUUCUGGUCUGAUGUCCCGGGUUACAAGUGCGAACGCCUCUUUGAAUUUUUACCAAGUUUUGUCAAAGCUUGUCACUCCUCAGUAGCACUGUGACAUGGGGCUCAGCUGGUUUUGUCAAACGUCACGAAGACGAACCGUCAGUCAGUCAGUCAAUUUUAAACGCGAGUCGGGUACGCUAUAACCUGAGAAACAGCCGACAUUUCGCGACGCCACCACUGGUUUUCCCGCGAAAUUCCAUACUGGGUAGUGUAGCCUGAGUAUCAGGCCUUCUUAAGGGGCUAUGGUAGAGGAGAUUUUAGAUGAGGGAGGGGGGAGGGGAGGAGAUAUCUCUCCUUCAGCUCUCUCCCUUUUUCGCUUUCAUCUUUCCCCUUUUCCCCCAGAAACGCCUGAUACUCAGGCUAGCUAGUGCUUCUGAUUGGUCAUACUGCGUGGGAAAUUUGCUUUAACCAGUCAAAAGCACUCAGACCUGGAUGGUGACGCAUCAUCAGUAUGGAAUUUCAGCGCUCGUUUCUCAGACGUCAUUUCUCAGGGCUGUUGACUGUUGCCUGACUAAAAAUGAGGUGUACUGUUUUCUCCUCCUUCCUGAAACGAGGUAUAACUUUGUAAUGUCGAAAGCAAAAGCUUCAAAUCGUCCAUACACAACCCGGCGCCUCAGUUUUGAAAUUUGGGAUUAAGCCUGGUAAUUUCCUCGUUCAUCCAUGCGUUAUGUACAAAGAAUAUAAGUUAUUUAUUUUCAUUAACUGGUAUUUGAGUGAGGUAUCAACAGUUGUCGAGUUGCAGUUCGUUAAUAAGCAUUUAACGUAUGCUUAAAUAAGGUUAAAGGUGCUGAAAGAAAAAGAUGCGGUGUCAUUUCUUAACAUUCGCAUUUCCUCUGGCGUAUUUGUUUUUUGUAAAUAUUGUACGAAACAAGGAUGCUGUAAAAAAUUGCUCGCACGAAGUUUUAUUAGGUAUUAAAACA